CUUCACGCGCUUAUUCCUUUCGAAAAGUUUUUGUUGCACCACGCAUCUGUUCCCUGCAAAUCGGGGGCUACUAAACACCGGAGCGAGUAGCUCGAGUGUUUCAAACACAACUAUUAGCAGCACUUUUGAAAUAAAACAAAUCAACUGUUUGACAUUUUUGGUCCGACCGUUCAGGUCGUUCGUGUAUUAAUUUUUCACUCUAAUCACUCUCAGAUCACGUGACAAAAAUCUGUUCUCACUCCUACUCCGCUCCGUGCUGAAUGGCCGAACCCAGCUUGUAAAGGCGACACAUCGCACACCUUCGAUACGAUAUAGCAAACAACCGGUCACUCAGUUCAGUUCUAAGGAUGAAAAUGGCGGACAAAAAUUUUCACCAGCCCAAAAUAGAAAAAAAGAAGAGAAAUUCAGUUUUGUCAAAUUGAAGAGGUUAGAAUUAUUUUUUUGAUUUAAUUAAAAAAAUAAAUAAAACAAUGAUAUUCAGUCUAUAAAAUAAUCAUUAAACCUCAAACUAAAUCCAGUGACCAGUAUGGCAGAUUUUGAUGUGGAACCAGGGGCUGCCAGGGACAAUGUCCUGGUGGCCUCAGAAUCUUUUGAGAAUUUCGAACAAAUGAGCUCCAGCUUAGAAGAAAUUAUGAGCGUUAAUGCAAUUUCUACAGCAGCAGAAAUAGAAGAUGAUACAACUACCAAUACUCAAGAAGAUAUAACACACAACCAAGAAAAUGGAUCUGAAAUUAAUGAGAAACAAGAAGAUGUAGAAAACUCUUUGGAUUGGACUAAUAAAAGGAAGCAUAUUUUUGUAAUUAGUACUGCUGGUAAACCCAUAUAUUCUAGGUAUGGUAACGAAGACAAACUAGCCUGGUUAUUUGGAGUAAUGUUAGGCCUAUUCAGAUACAGUCGUGAUAGCAUAAAAAGCAUCCAUGCUGGUGAUACUACUUAUGUGUUUUUAUCAAAAAAGCCUCUCAUUUUAGUGGCUGUAUCAAAAACAGGAGAAUGUGUAAAUCAACUUACUUUACAAUUAAAUUAUGUAUUUAAUCAAAUUGUCAGCAUGCUUACCUUAAAAAGACUUACCAAAAUCUAUGAUGAAAAGGCUAAUUAUGAUUUAAGAAGAUUACUCACUGGUGUAGAUAGAUUAAUUGAUCAUUUGCUUGAUUUUUCUGAAAACGAACCUGCAUUUACUUUAGGAGCAAUACAAUGUCUGCCUUUGGCAAUAUCCGAAAGAGAUUCUAUUAGUAAAAUCAUCAAAGAUGCUUGUAGCAAAAUAAGGAAUUUGGUCUUUGCAAUUCUUUUGGGCAACAAUCGCCUUAUUAGUUUAGUACAAAUGAAAAAAUAUCACUUGCACCCGGCCGAUUUACAUUUGAUUUUCAACCUUGUCCAAGCCACUGAAAGUUUAAAAUACUCGGAAAGUUGGACCCCAUUAUGUUUGCCAAGAUUUGACAAUAGUGGCUACUUAUAUGCGCAUGUAUCUUAUUUAGCGGACGAUUGUCAAGCGUGCCUCUUACUUUUGACUGUUGAAAAAGAUGUAUUUUUCCCUCUAAGCGAAGCCAAACAAAAAAUUGUUGAAAAAUUGAGGAUGGGAAACAACUUGGAACACAUUAAUACAUCUUUAGCGGCUUUAGAAGAAAGCGCUUUGGCAACAGGUUUUCCAGAAUUAAGGCAUUAUUUAUACAAAUGUAAGUCCACGGUUCAAUUUUAUCAACCGGCCUUAUGCCCUCCUUAUACCAAAAAUAAGGUGAGACUUAUAGAACUUUAUAAAAGGGCGCAUCAAAAAAUGCACUGUCCUACCAGACCUUUGAAGUUGAGCUUUGAAAGAUCUUCAGAUGAAGCGGUGUUUUCUUGGGACACUAAAGGUUUUGAAUUGUAUGCAGUUUUCGAGCCACUAAUUGACACUGCUAGCGCAAUUAAUUGUGUUAGCAAAUUAUUAAACUGGAUCAAAAAGAGGGAGGAUAAAUUAUUUCACUUGAAUGCUUACACAUUUUAAUUAAAUUGUUACUUUGUUGUUGAUUUUUUCUCAUGUUAGGGCAUUAAUAUUUAUUUUUAUAAUUUACCUACUUAUUAUAUUAUGAUGUGUUAAAAUCUGUGAUAUGUCUUCAAAAAAAAUAUAUCAAUAAUAAUAUAACGCAAUAAUGCUGUUUUAGAUAAGAAUAGAA